AUACACCGAUCACAAAGAAAAAGACAGCAAAAGAACACGCGAAUAACCUGACGUCACCCGCAGCAACAGCACGUGUUUGAUUACGUCAGUCUGAACCGGAAAAGAACAAAAUGGAGGAGUACGCGAGGGAGCCAUGCCCCUGGAGGAUAGUGGACGACUGUGGGGGGGCCUUCACCAUGGGGGCCAUCGGUGGAGGGAUCUUUCAGGCAGUCAAAGGCUUUAGAAACUCCCCUUCUGGAAUGAAUCACAGAAUGAGGGGUAGCUUGACAGCCAUAAGGACCAGAGCUCCACAACUAGGAGGAAGCUUUGCUGUGUGGGGUGGCCUCUUCUCAAUGAUUGAUUGUGGGCUGGUCAAGGUGAGGGGCAAAGAAGACCCCUGGAACUCAAUCACAAGUGGAGCCAUGACAGGAGCCAUUUUAGCAGCAAGAAAUGGGCCAGUGGCCAUGGUUGGCUCUGCUGCAAUGGGAGGUAUACUGCUUGCAUUAAUAGAAGGUGCGGGAAUUCUGCUCACGAGGUUCGCCUCGGCACAAUUCCCAACUGGCCCACAGUUUGCAGAAGAACCUGCUCCCAUGCCUGCUUCAUCAUUCGGAGACUAUAGACAGUUCCAGUGAGAAACCAUUUAAAACUCAAGGCCUUUUCUUAUUCCAUGAACUCAUCUAAGACACUGAAGUUACAGUGUGGACCUCAUUCAUUAACAGAGCAUGCCACCAAC